UGUCCUUAUUAACCUCUCUCUCCUCUCUUACAGAGCCCAUCCAAAACCAAAUCAUCACCAUUAAAAUUCACUCUCUCCCUUCAUCAUCAUCAACAUCAUCGCGCACAAACAAGACAACGAGAGAGAAAGUUGGAGUGUAGUGGAAUUUCAGAGACCAUUUCGAUGAUGGAAAUGGCUCAGGUUGGCGUGCGAACCAGAGCUCGUGCAUUGGCCUUGGCGGCUGCGGCAGCUGCUGCCGCUACUGGCACUGCAAGGAAAAGGAAAGUGAACAAUCGAGAAUUGGUGUUGUCUACAUCAUAUAUUGAACUAAGAAGUACCUCCAGAAGACGCGUCAUAAUUAAGCCUGAGAAUUCAGUUUCAGUUUCAGUUCCACUUCCACCGGAAAUAAAUCCCGGUCACCGGACUGUAAUUCAGGAUAGAUGCUCCAGCCCUAGCACGCAUCACGCCUCAGCUUCUUGUUGCUCGAGUAAUGGAUCAAGUGAUCAGAGAAUUAAUAAAUUCGCAGAUCUGGAGGCCGAGAGCUUUGAAGUUGAAACGUCAGUGUAUUAUGGCUGUAGAGAAAGGAGAGAGACCACGCCAUCAAGCCAGCUUCGAGCAGAAUCAUCAGACGAACUGGAUUCGACGGCGAGACCAUCUUCGGCGGCUAAUUCUCGCCGUAGAUCAACGGGUGUGAAGAUGCCAACAGAAUCUGAGCUGGACGAUUUCUUUUCGGAAGCUGAGAAGAACAUCAAAAAACAAUUUGCAGAGAAGUAUAACUACGAUAUCCUCAAGGACGAACCAUUGGAAGGACGGUACGACUGGGUGCGAUUAAAGCAGUAAAGGAAACAAAACACAAAAAACCAUAAAAACGAGGAAGAGAAACAAUUAAUGGCUCAUCAUUUCUGAUAAUUUAACAGCACUUUAGGUACUGCUACUUCUAAUUUAAAUUUCUAGCGUGCUCUCUCUUUCUCUAGGGUUUCGUUUUCUUUUUUCCCUCUUUUCUUCUUCUGUUGUUUUUCCCCUUGGGGUUUCACAUACAGCUCUCUCUCCCUCUCUCUCUCUUUCUGUCAGUUAGAAUUAUUGGGAGCUGAGGCUUCUGUUUGUUCUUUUAUAGGAGUUUAUAUGGAGAUUCUUCUUUCUGCAACGAAGAGGAAAGUUUCAGAAAUUGCAAAAUCCACUUGGUGAAGACCAAAUAGUUGAAUAACGAAAGAUACCUUUCGAUUCUUAUUUAUUACUUUAAUGCUAAUUUUAAUGCCUCUCUCUCUCUCUC